CAGCCAGCCGGGCGGGCGGGCAGCGGGGCCGGCCGGGGAGGGGCGCGGCUGGCGGGGCGAGGGGCGCAGCGCCAGGCGGGCAGCGUUGGGGAAGGGGCGCCCGGGCGCCGCCCGCCACCCUCCACCGGCCCUGCCCGGGAUGGAGCCGAGCGGCGGCGAAGGCGGAGGGCGAGCCCCGCAGCGGAGGAGGCUCGUUCAGCAUCUCCUAUGGGCCUGACCACUCACCCGCAAAGGCCAUGGAAUUUUGUUCUAAGAAACACCCUGCAGAGGACGAACGGCGCGUGAGGGCCAAUUCUCGAGAAUACAACGAAAAAUUUCAGUACGCGAGUAACUGCAUCAAGACGUCGAAAUACAACGUGAUCACUUUCCUGCCAAUCAACCUGUUUGAACAGUUCCAGGAAGUUGCAAACACUUACUUCCUCUUCCUCCUCAUUCUCCAGCUCAUCCCACAGAUCUCCUCCUUGUCCUGGUUCACCACGAUUGUGCCUUUAGUCCUUGUGUUGACCAUCACAGCUGUCAAGGACGCCACCGACGACUACUUUCGCCACAAGAGUGACAACCAGGUGAACAGCCGACAUUCACAACUGCUGAUUAACGGGAUCCUCCAGCAAGAGCAAUGGAUGAACGUCCGGGUUGGUGAUAUCAUAAAAUUAGAAAACAACCAGUUUGUGGCGGCUGAUCUGCUUCUGUUGUCCAGCAGUGAGCCUCACGGACUUUGCUACAUCGAGACGGCCGAGCUGGACGGGGAGACCAAUAUGAAAGUCCGACAGGCAACCCCAGUGACGUCCGAGCUCAUUGACACCAACAAUCUUGCACACUUUGACGGAGAGGUGAUUUGCGAACCCCCUAAUAAUAAACUCGACAAAUUCAGUGGGACGCUGUACUGGAAAGAGAGCAAAUAUCCCCUGAGCAAUCAAAAUAUGUUGCUGCGUGGCUGUGUCCUUCGUAAUACAGAGUGGUGCUUCGGCCUGGUCAUCUUCGCAGGGCCCGAUACCAAAUUAAUGCAAAACAGCGGCCGCACGAAAUUCAAGAGGACUAGCAUCGACCGCUUGAUGAACACUUUGGUGCUUUGGAUUUUCGGGUUCCUGGUCUGCAUGGGAGUGAUCCUGGCCAUCGGCAACUCCAUUUGGGAAUACGAGGUGGGCGUCUGCUUCCAGAUUUAUUUGCCGUGGGACAAAGUGGUGGACAGUGCCUUCCUGUCGGGGUUCCUGGCGUUCUGGUCUUACAUCAUCAUCCUCAACACCGUGGUUCCCAUCUCUCUCUACGUCAGUGUGGAGGUGAUUCGCCUGGGCCACAGCUACUUCAUCAACUGGGAUAAGAAAAUGUAUUGCGCGAAACGAUGCACACCGGCCGAGGCCCGGACCACGACGCUAAACGAGGAGCUGGGCCAGGUGGAGUACAUCUUCUCGGACAAGACGGGCACCCUCACCCAGAACAUCAUGGUCUUCAGCAAGUGCUCCAUCCACGGACGCAGCUACGGAGACGCUCUGGAUGAUCUUGGAUACAAGGCGGAGCUCGGAAAGAAAACUGAUCCGGUGGAUUUUUCCUUCAACUCGCUGGCGGAUCCCAAUUUUACCUUCUGGGACACCGGGCUUUUGGAAACGGUCAAGCUGGGUGAUCUUCACGUCCACGAGUUUUUCCGUCUCCUGUCGCUCUGCCACACCGUCAUGUCUGAAGAGAAGUGCCCAGGAGAAUUGUACUACAAAGCCCAGUCUCCUGACGAGGGAGCCUUGGUGACUGCCGCCCGCAAUUUUGGCUUUGUCUUCCGUGGACGCACUCCGAAGACGAUCACGGUGCAGGAGCUGGGACGGCCCGUCACUUACCAACUUCUGGCUAUUUUGGACUUCAAUCACGUGCGCAAACGCAUGUCAGUCAUUGUGCGGAAUCCGGAGGGGCAAAUCCGCCUGUACUGCAAAGGGGCCGAUAUCAUCCUUCUGGAACGACUUUAUCCCGGCAACCAAGAAUUAUACAACGUCACCACUGAUCAUCUCAAUGAAUACGCGGGCGAGGGUCUCCGGACGCUGGUGCUGGCCUGUCGGGACCUGGAGGAGAAGUAUUAUGCUGGCUGGGCCGAGCGGCUGGAGGAAGCCUCACUAGCCGGGGAGGGGCGCGAAGAGAGGAUCGCUCGGCUGUACGAGGAGGUGGAAAACGACCUGGUGCUGCUGGGAGCGACGGCGAUUGAAGAUAAACUGCAGCAAGGAGUUCCAGAGACCCUCGCUUUGCUCAGCUUGGCCAACAUUAAGAUUUGGGUCCUGACGGGGGACAAACAAGAAACCGCGGUCAACAUUGGCUAUUCCUGCAAGAUGCUGACCGACGAAAUGACGGAGGUGUUUGUGAUCUCUGGCCACACCGUCUUUGAGGUCCGGCAAGAACUGCGGAAGGCCAGAGAGAAGUUGAUGGAGGCCUCGCGGUCGAUGGGCAAUGGCUUCGCCUUUCAGGAGAAGCUCUCCGCCUCGAAGCUGACGUCUGUCUUGGAGGCUGUGGCCGGAGAAUACGCCUUGGUCAUCAACGGACACAGUCUGGCCCAUGCACUAGAGGCCGACAUGGAACUGGAGUUCCUGGAGACGGCGUGCGCCUGCAAGGCGGUCAUCUGCUGCCGGGUCACCCCCUUGCAGAAGGCCCAGGUGGUGGAGCUGGUCAAGAAAUACAAGAAGGCCGUGACUUUAGCCAUCGGGGACGGGGCCAACGACGUCAGCAUGAUCAAGACUGCCCACAUCGGCGUGGGCAUCAGUGGGCAGGAGGGCAUCCAAGCCGUGCUGGCUUCCGACUACUCCUUCUCCCAGUUCAAGUUCCUCCAGCGCUUGCUCCUCGUUCACGGCCGCUGGUCGUACCUGCGAAUGUGCAAAUUCCUCUGUUACUUCUUCUACAAGAACUUUGCCUUCACCAUGGUGCACUUCUGGUUUGGCUUCUUCUGCGGCUUCUCCGCCCAGACCGUCUACGAUCAGUACUUCAUCACGCUGUACAACAUUGUUUACACCUCUUUGCCCGUCCUCGCCAUGGGAGUCUUCGAUCAGGAUGUGCCCGAACACCGUAGCCUGGAGUACCCCAAACUCUACGAACCGGGGCAGCUGAACCUACUUUUCAACAAGCGCGAGUUUUUCAUCUGCAUCGCUCAGGGCAUCUAUGCCUCCAUCUUCAUGUUCUUCAUCCCCUACGGGGUCUUCAGCGACAACGCCCAGCUGGCCGACUACCAGUCCUUUGCCGUCACCGUGGCUACCUCCCUCGUCAUCGUGGUCAGCGUCCAGAUUGGCCUGGAUACUGGCUUCUGGACGGCCAUCAAUCACUUUUUCAUCUGGGGCAGCCUGGCUGUUUAUUUCGCCAUCCUCUUCGUCAUGCACAGCAACGGCCUCUUCCAACUCUUCCCCAACCAGUUUCGUUUCGUCGGCAAUGCCCAGAACACGCUGGCCCGGCCUGCGGUCUGGCUCACCAUCGCCCUGACCACCGUGGUCUGCAUCGUGCCAGUGGUGGCCUUCCGAUUCCUCAAGCUGGACCUCCGGCCAGAACUUGCAGACACGGUGCGCUACACCCAGUUGGUUCGCAAGAAGCAAAAAACCCAGCACCGUUGCAUGGGCCGGGUUGGCCGCGCCGGUUCCCGACGCUCCGGCUACGCCUUCUCCCACCAGGAAGGUUUUGGGGAGCUCAUCACUUCCGGCAAGAACAUGCGGCUCAGCUCGCUGGCCCUUUCCAGUUUCAGCGGACGCACCAGCACCAGCUGGAUCGAGACGCUGCGGAAGAAGAAAAACAGCGGCGGCGGGGAGCCCAGCGUGCCUGACAAGGCGCUGAAAGUGUGAGACCAUGAAGGGGAGCGUCAUACAUGACGGAUAGACCGUGUUCCGCCGUGGGAAAGGGAGCCCGCCAAACGGGAGCAGAUCAGUCUUCGUAGCCAUCGCCGAGAACUCACAACCGUGGCUUGAAGUCUAAAGCUGUUGCUGUGUAACCAAAUCACGUACCCCCCCAUCCCAAUUCAAGCUGCCGGUGUAUUUGGGGUAGCUUACCCUUGCUGACUGGCGAACGUGGAACAUUAAGUGUUCCUCUCCCCGGACAAGGAAGCGUUUACGCAAUGUUUUUGAAUCCAGGGAUAUCUCCUCGUUCGGGUAACGUGGCAACUUUUCUCCAAAGUACACGCAAAUGUACAAAUCGAGAGAGUUGGGGAUGUAAGAUGGGGGCUAGGAGUGGGGGAGAUGUCGGACCCCUCCUACUACAGCCCUGUAGCCUUGUGCUUUGCGUUCGCCAUUUUUUAACCCUGGGAGAGACAGAGAAAAGUAAUCUCGCAAACGAAUCUCGUUUACGAAAGAGCGAGGAUUACAAAAGAGCAAGGAUUUCCCCUCUCCUCGUUGGAUGUCCAGCUGGCGUUAAAAGGGUACUGGGUCAAGAGUUGAGGGUUGCCAACUGCCCGGAGCAGCCACCAGUUCCGCCUAACCGCGAAAGCAUUUGGCAUCUGAUAUCUCAGGUUGAAGAAAAGACUCGUUCCGCGGCAAUGUCCAAAUCUCUCGGCAUGUGGAAACGUGACUCUUUUCUUUUUUAAAGACAAGCGGACCGAGUGCUUUCAAACUCAGAAAUGGGGUGCCCCACCCCAGAUCUUCCAAGGAGAGUUCAGGAUUGGCACCGUGUCUGCCCGGGUGUCCCUCGGAGGCGUGGGAUCUUCCGUACGAGGGGAGAAAGUAAAGAGAUUAUAUUUUUGUAUCGUGUCGGAGUUUCUAUUGCAAAGAGUUCCUUCCUCAUCCUCCUGUGCCCUGUCCCCCGAGGGUCCCGCAAACCUGUCUCCCAUGUCCCCGGAGGUAGAGAAAAAAUGGGGACCCCCGAAUUGGGGGACAGCAAACCAAGAGUAAUAUUGUGAAGAGUCCAGUUGCAAGGAGGCCUCCUUUCUUCCGCAGCCAACGUCGCAGCGAUCCAUACAGCUUCCACUUCCUUUCGAAAAAACAAUUCACCUUCGUGGGAUCCGUCUCGGUCUGCAGACACCCAUAAAGAUUUGCCCAGAUAUCCUGCUAGAUCCUCAACAGCAGAUUGAUGGAGUAGAUUCCCACAAGAUCUCUUAAGCCAUGCUAUCCUGUUGGGGUAGAACUGGCCUUACCCUUAGAGACAAAUCUACCCUGUUGCCUUGAAGUAAGACAACUUCUCUGUAGCCAAAUAUCAUUGGACAAGUUUCCGGACAGCUGUGAAAAGAGAGGGAAUAAAUCGGGCACGUCCAACAGCCCGGUUCCAACAACAUAAGAUUUUUUUCAUCUGCAGCAACAUUUUUGAUUGCCACGCCUUGAAAAGCGAGUAACCUGGUUAAAAAGCAGCAGGGCGUGUGACCGUCCCAGGAGAUCGUCGGAAGAGGAGAAAGCUGGCCAGUUGGAGAUCAUUCAAACUCUUCCGUUGCUCCGCUCGCCAGUUUGCGUCGCCACCAAGAUGGCGCCGAGCUGAGACGGGCGAAUUUGAACUCGGUGCCCACGGGCGAGGACGGUGCCCGGUUCUCGACUUCGAUACCAAAGAGGAAGCAUUUUCUCCGCGUGAAAGAGAGGCCCAGGGCAAAAUUCCCAGUUUGGCCACAGCCUCUUCCGUAUUGGGCAGAAGAGGGAGCGAAACCGCCCUUGUGCCCUGCAGGGAUUAAGAAACAUUCAGUAUAAUUUAUUUUACAUUUCUAUACUGGGCAGAAUUGUAUCGUUUUAUGAAUAUAAAGAGAAAUGGCAUUUUCUUUAAAAAAAA